AUGUUUUUUGACAAUCUCAACAUUGGGGGUAGUACAAAUAAAACCGCUGAUUUAAUUAGAGCUGCAGUAGAUUUAAUAGAUGAUUUAUGGAAAAAAUCUCAUCCUGUGUUAAAACGCACUUCAAUUGGCAUACAAAUAAAAUUUUCUAACUUGGUCGAGGAGAUUUCUGAUGACAAACACAUGGAACUUGAAGAAAAGAUGGUGAUGAUGGGAAUAAUGGCAAUCCAGUUCUGGUGUAUUGCCAAUAUCAAAACAAUCGAAGGAUUGCCAUCUCAUAACAGUGCGAAUGAACCAACAACCACUUCUACAUCCGAUAGAGAAGAAAACGAAAAAAAAAACGCGUUAAAAGAAAAUUUAUUGUUACUUCAUCUGAAGAAGAAUAAGAAGCAUAAAAGUACUUCAAGUAAUAUCAAGUUACUAAUAGAAGAAGAUGGUAGCACUCAGAUUAAAACACCUCGUUCAAGAACGAAGGCGGUAAUAGCUCAAAUAAUGUCCUCAAGAUCUACAAUGAAUACCUCUCAGCUUUCAGGUGACAAACGUAAGAGUACUAUUCUAACUGCAUUAUGGAAGAAGCAACCAAAAGUUUCUGAAGAAUCGUAA